ACAAAAAGCCAAGCAAAAGCCGGCGGAUCCUAACCGAAUAGUCGAACCUCUCUCUGAAACUGCGAGGAGGGCGGCGGCGAUCGCUCUUGCUUUGCCCAGGCAAGUAGCCAUCACGAUGGCCAGGACCUUGAUGUACAGCAUCUAUCAUCCACCGGAGCGGGUCCGGCGGCGGAUACUCGUCGUCUCCCUGCUGAUCCGAGACCCUACAUCCGCCGCUAGGGCCGAGCAGGAGGCAGCCGACAACAACAGCGUCGUGACUGAGCCUAAGGCCGACGAGGAACCUGCGGCGAGGCGGACGCGCAGCCGUCGUGUCGACCGUCUACCGGAAGAGAUCCUGGUGUGGGAGAUCCUCGUGCGCCUUCCGGCCAGGGACAUCCUCCGCUGCCGCGCUGUCUGCCGGUCCUGGCGCCGCCUCGCUUCCGCCCCUGAUUUCCUCUUCGCGCACCACCGGCGCCAGCCGUCGCUCCCCCUGGUCGCGCUCUACAGUGGCACAUACAGUACAAAUAGAGAGGCCGGUCUCCCAAUAUUGGGGCGCGAUCGCGGCCGGCCUGUCCUUGGGUUCGACGACUACAACGACUGCGAUGGCUUCAAGCUGCACUCCGCCUGCGACGGCCUCGUCCUGGUCAGAGGGUCUGACGGUUGCUUCAACAUCUGUAACCCAGCCACGCGUCAGUGUGCUCCACUCCGGAGCCUCGACCACAUCAACCUCAAGAUAGCGGCGCUGUACCUGCACCGCCCAUCGGGCGAGUACCGCAUCCUAUACUGGAAAGAGAGCCACUGGGAUGGGAGACGGCACAAAGCAGCUGCCUGGCACAUCCUUACGGUGCAGCGGAGAAGCUUGCCGAAGUGCAUCGGAGUUCCUUCAGAUAACCCUGUAAUUGUGAAAGCUAUGAAGGCCAGGAACAGAAGGACCCCUAAUAAUGUGGACUCACCCGUCAUGUUUGGUAGCUGCCUUCACUGGAAACCUGGAUGGCUACACAACUAUGUUAGAGGCAUACUCAUUUUUGACACAGUGGUCGAGUCAUUCAGGGCCAUGUGUUGCCCAUCUGGUUCUACCAACUGCGACACUCGUUUAUGCGACGUUGAAGGUUUAAUUGGCUUUAGUUGCUUCGGCGAUGGGAGGACAGUUGCCAGAAUCUGGGUGCUGGAGGACUACGAGAGGGAGGUAUGGUCAUUCAAGUACCAUGUUAAAUUCCAGGUGGAGAGUUUAUGUCGCCAUACAGAUACCCAACAUUUCAUUUUGUCCCACAAGGGAGAUAUGUUGGUCUACAGCAUGUCCGCACGUUACAUGUUCCACUGUGACAGCACCGGCAAGUUGCUAGAGGAAUUCCGAUGGAAUCCUAUGUCACAUAAUUUGAGCAUUACUGGGCAUAGGUUCAAAGAAAGCCUUGUGGAGCAUGAGUUCUUCAUGAGGCGAGGUGCCGCCAGUGCUCGACAACCAAGUUUUUUUCAAAGGCUCUAAAUUAAGGUUGUGGCCGACCAACACCUAUGUCGAGUACUUCAAUACAAUAUGGAGAUUAAUUUUUACGCGCGGCCAAUUAUAGAAUUUGAAUUUUUCAUGAGACAUUAUUGUCCAAACACAACAUAGACACAUAUCCCGCUCUUAUUUGUGCUCCUUGAGUUCAUUUUCCUUCGGUCCUAAUGUACUAUCCAUUGUUAUCACAGUUUUCUUGGUUUCUGUACUGGUAGUGAGUUCUAAAUAUAUAUUUUCAGACCGAGAAAACAAAAAUUUAAUAUA